GGCUCUGCUCUGGCGCGUCUUUGUUGCUUUGUUGGUGAGCGCGCAUUGAAACACGGAGAGCGACCGCGUAGACACAACCACGCCCUAGACAAAGUGCUGUCUCAUAGAUGACAGACUUGCUAGAUUGAAUGCUGCAGCUGCAAGAUCACGCUUAGCUUGAAUUCCUAAUACUCAAUUGACCAUGGAGGUUCUCCCUGCUGCUCUACCGUCAAUGGAAGGCAACGAUGCAGGAAAUGCUCUGACACUCUCUCCGCAAGCCCUCGCAGACCAUGUCACCCUUCUGCUUACAGCUGCCAUGGGUGCUACAAGCACAGACACUGCAUUCCUACGCACCAGUGUCGCGCAAUCGCGCCUGGAACGCUUCGUGAAUGAUGCUGCAUGUCUUGUGCUCUUCGUCAGGAAGGACGAAGAACCAGGUGAUGAAAGGCCUAAAGCGCAUUAUGCGAUUGAUCACGUCUACCAACCGACUCCGAAUACAAUCGCCUCCCUAGCGCUCAUCAAGCUGGUGUCGCAGCUGGACGCGCAAAUACCUCUUGAAAGGCAAGUGCAGAUCAUCAACUUGCCAGGUCACAGUGCAGAGCAGUCAUCUGGUGCAUACGAAGCACUGCAUAGCCUGAUCAAGCUCGCCAUUGCCCCCUACUUUGACACAUUUGCACAAGCUCAGCAACCAGCAAGCCAGACCGCCAAGACAGGUAUACCAAAUACACGCAAAAAGAUUGCUGAGCUCGAACUUAGUCUGCUGCAUCUACAACAAAACACAGAAAUCCCUCGGAUUGUUCUGGUCCCGCAUCCGACUAUACAAAAACUCGUCAAUGAUGCAACGGCACGACAAGCUAGACCUUCAGUUGCUGACCUUGAUCAAGAUGCGCUGCAAGAUGCUCAUUUUCUCAAUGCUGUUCAAGCGACAGUCAGCACAUGGAAGCGCCAAAUUCACCAAGUCACGAGUAAAGAGCGAGAUCCUAGUCAUGGGACUGCAAGUCAAGAAAUAAGUUUCUGGCUGAGUCUAGACGAAGUUCUCGCAGACAUUCAACGUCAGCUUGAAUCUCCAGCUGUGGUCUUGACAACUGAGGUACUUCAAGCGGGCCGUCGCUUCGGAGCAGCGCUCAACGUCGCGGCAGACACGGGCAUUCGCGACGCAAGAGACCAAGUUUGGCAAUAUACGCAGCUCAUGCGAGACUUUCCCUUGGACGAGCUCCUUUCGGCAACCAGUCUUGUGCGCACUUCUGAAGCUGUUGCUCAUAUCCUCAACCAUCUGAGCAAGAAACUUCGCACUGUGGCUUAUCCCAUCAGUCGUGCACUACCCCUCGUCGAGGCAAUCAGCGGCGAUUUGACUCAACAGCUACACAACUUGCUCAAGAGCAGCCAACUUAUGACUUUGGACUUGCCAGCAUUCCAGCUCGUCAUGGAAGAAGUAGAGGAAGUGUUUGCCACCUGGGACGAUCGCCUCAAGGAGUUUCAAGAUACAGCAAGAGACAUGUUGCGCAAGCGAGGGGAGAAAUUCACCGCUGUCAAGACUGCUUCUCGACAUGCCAAGAUUCAAGAGCGACUGGCAUAUCUCAAGGCUUUCCGCUUAUCUCAUGAACAGUUGCAGGCCACAAUGAUGCGUAUCACGUCACAAAGCAAAGUCAGGGGCCAACUUGAUCCGGCUGUAGGCAAGUUUGGACAUGCAGAUGCUACAGCUGAAGUCAGCGAAGCUUUCCAGCAAUUGAAGGAUGUGGAUGUUCUGGAUGUCACACCGUCUGGUACAGAGCUCUGGAUUGCCGCCGAGGCGCGCUACAAUGAACGCAUCGCUCGUGUUGAGAAUGCUAUCAUCAGCCAGCUACGAGAGCGAUUAGGUGGUGCUCGAAAUGCCAAUGAGAUGUUUCGUGUCUUUACAAAGUUCAGCGCGCUGCUUGUCCGUCCUAAGAUCCGAGGUGCUGUCCAGGAAUACCAGAAACAACUCCUCGAGCAAGUCAAGGGAGAUAUCGCGCAACUUCACGAGAGGUUCAACAAGAGAUAUAUUGGUUCAGACUUGCAGCGCAUGGACCAGCUACGAGAUUUGCCGUUGGUCUGUGGCACUAUCACAUGGACGCGCCAGCUGAAUCAUCAGUUGGACAUGUACAUGUCAAAAGUUGAGACGGUGCUCGGGGAAGGCUGGCACAUGUAUGCUGAUGGAGAGAAACUUCAAGCUGAAAGUGCUCAUCUACGAAAGCAACUCGAUACGCGAUCAAUCUUCGAUGCUUGGCUCAAGGACGUCCAAGCAAAGGAGAUCAAGCUACGCGGCGCCCUUGUUCGCAUCUCACGGAAUCGUGCAGCUGGAAACAAGCCCGAGCUGACGGUGAACUUCGAUUCCCACAUCAUCACGCUUUUCAAGGAGGUCCGGAACUUGCUAUGGCUAGGUUUUCAAGUAUCGCACUCAAUCAUAUCCGCUGCCAAAGAUGCGCAGCGACUGUACCCCUACGCAGUUUCGCUUGUUGAAACCAUCAAGACCAUCUCGCAGACCGCAGACAAGAUUGACGCCGUGCCUGAUCUAGAAAUGUUGCUGGCCCAAGAUCAAGUAAGAACACAGCAUCUUCUUGAGCAAGGCUUUCCUCUUCAAUGGGAAAAUUUCGUCGGCCUCGUGAGUGUCGACGGUGUCGGGCUUGAGACGCACCUGCGAGAAUCUCGCCAUAUUCAGUUUGUCAAGGACUUGGCCAGCAGUGCAUCAUCCCUGCAGGCUAACACUGAACUGCUGGUCGGGCUCGGUGAUGAUAUAAGAAUGCACCGCAAUGCACUCAAAAGUUGCGAGUACGGCAGUUCGUCGUUUCGAAGGCACUUGAGCGGUCUCCAAAUGUUGGUGGAUCAGCUCAACCGCGGCGGUUUCUCCAACAUUGUCUACUGGGUAGAGGAUUUGAACGCUUCACUUGAAGAAGUGCUCGGGGAACGUUUGCACAGGGCGAUAGAGGCAUGGCUCGACUCUGCCCGAAGUGGUCGCUUUGCUCGCAGCGACAAACUCUUGCUUGAUAUUCACCUCAAUGAUCAGUCUAUCUGCGUGACGCCACCCCUUGCUCGUAUACAGACAUUUUGGCAAGAAGAUUUCCAAAAUAUGGCACUCACGGUAUGCAAGCAAAAGCGAAUCCGUGCUGCUGCUGCUGGUGCGACUGGCAACACUUCUGCAGACGCCCAGUCGUGCUUUGAUUCUCUUAUGUUUCAAAUUGUGUCGCCAGCCUUGCCCGCUGCGCGCGAGACGUUGGCAGAGAUGCUCGCAAAGCUCCAGGAAUAUGUCGACAACUGGCUUGGCUUCCAGUCCCUGUGGGACCUGCAACCACAGGCGGUUUAUGAAAUGUUAGGUGACGACCUUGCAAAAUGGUUGCAACUCCUCAAUGAAUUGCGCAAGUCUCGCACAACCUUCGAUACAUCGUCCACUGCCACCGAAAUAAGUGGCGUCACUGUGCAAUAUGGUCAAGUGCAAGCUCGCGUCAACGCAAAGUUUGAUGCGUGGCAAAAGCUCAUUAAUGCAGAGUUCGCCAACCAAGUUGCGAUUCAGAUGCAAUACAACUAUGAAGGUCUGGCUCAAAUGCGAGAAGAGCUAGAGAAGCAAACUAUGGACACAUCAAGCACCGCAGCCGCCGUCGAAUUCGUCAUUGCCGUGCAGCGAUGCAAGCGUCAAUUACCGGCGUGGCAAAUUCAAAUGGACCAUCUUAACUCUGGUGAAAAAAUCCUAAAGAGACAAAGAUACCAGUUCCCGAGCAAUUGGCUGCAGCACAGCCAGGUCGAGUCUGAAUGGGUGGCGCUUCAAGACAUACAUGAACGACGCAGCCUGCAGGGAGAAGAGCACGCUGAUUCUUUACGUACUAAGCUCAAAGUUGAAGAUGGCCUACUUCAGACCAGACUAGCCGCGAGCAUUGCUGAUUGGAUCGAUCAGAAGCCUGUCGGGGGCGACUCCCACCCCGAAGACACUCUGAAGCUUCUUCAAGCGCAUAAGCUCAAGCUGAAGCAGUUGUCAAAAGAGCUUGACGACAUUGAAAAGGCAAAAGAAGCCUUGAAUCUUCCAACGAAGAAGCACACUGAGUUGGCUGCUGCACUUGGCGAAGUCGAGGACUUGCAGUCCGUCUGGGCGGCUACAUCGUCUAUCUGGGUCGGCAUCAAUGAACUUCGUGAGACUCUCUGGGCUGCCGUGGUGCCACGCAAGGUGCGCUCUGCCCUUGAGGCCCUGGUGGCGCUCAUGAAGGACAUGCCAAGCAAAAUGCGACAGUAUGCCGCUUACGAGCAUGUCCAGAGCGUUCUUAAGCAGCACCUCAAGACUUUUCCUCUGCUCGUUGAGAUGAAGGCUGACGCUGUUCGUGAUCGGCAUUGGACUCGGCUGUACAAAGAACUCAGGCCGACAGACCACCUUCAUAACCCCACUCUGACUCUUGGCGAUGUGUGGUCCCUGAGACUUUCAGCGAACGACAAGAUCAUACGCUCAGUUCUAAUUGAUGCUCAGGGCGAACUGGCGCUUGAAGAGUUCUUGCUCAAAGUCAAAGAAGCAUGGACCUCUCAGGUAUUGGAGCUCAUCAACUAUCAAAACAAGUGUCGACUUAUCAAGGGCUGGGACGAGCUUUUGGCGAAGUGCAGUGAGCACCUGACUUCCCUUCAGGCCAUGGCGCAGAGUGCUUACUACAAGCACUUUGAAGAGGAGGCCAGGCUUUGGGAAGAUAAGCUCAAUCGUCUUCACGUCUUAUUUGACGUCUGGGUGGACGUGCAACGUCAGUGGGUCUAUCUCGAAGGUAUUUUUGCAAACAAUGCCGACAUUCAAAGACUGCUUCCAACAGAAUCUUCUCGUUUUCAAAACAUCAACAGUGAGUUCAUGGCCAUCAUGAAAAAGGUGUCAAAAUCACCGCUUGCGCUUGAAGUUCUGAAUAUUCCAGGUGCCCUGACAUCCAUGGAGCGACUUGCGGAUCUGCUACAGAAAAUUCAAAAGGCUCUUGGAGAAUAUCUGGAACGCGAGAGAGCACAGUUUCCCAGAUUCUACUUUGUUGGCGAUGAAGAUCUUUUGGAAAUACUUGGUAACUCCAAAGACUUGAUUCGUGUGCAGAAGCAUCUGAAAAAGAUGUUUGCAGGCAUCAACUCGCUCUUACUGGAUGAUACGAACCAGAAUAUCGUCGGCUUUUUCUCGAAAGAAGGAGAACACGUUGAGCUCAUCGAGCCAGUCUCUACGGAAAGUAAGAUCAAUGAAUGGCUUCUCAGCCUAGAAAAUGCGAUGAAAGCAGCUUUGGCCCAAUCACUGCGGGUUGCUCUGCCAACGUGCACAGAUCUCGCACGCUCCUUCAAACUUGACACAUUGGAGGUUCUGUUAAAGGACACUCCUUGUCAGGUCCUUGUGCUAGCUUUCCAGUGCGAAUGGACUACAUCUGUUGAGACGGCUCUAGCCAGCGAAGGCUCUUUGGCCAAGCUAUGGACAGAGCGGGGUGCGCUACUUGAUGCUUUGGCGAAUACUGUGCUGACAGACCUUCCUUCUAUCCAUCGAGCAAAAGCUGAGGCUUUGAUCACCACUCUUGUUCAUCAACGCGAUUGCAUCGCUGCGUUGAUCAGUGCAGCUGUUUGCGAUAGUCAAGACUUCAGAUGGCUUGGCAAUAUGCGAUUUUAUACGCAUGGUGAACAUGACAAGAAAGUCACAGUCAAUAUGGCAAAUGCGGAGUUUGACUAUGGUUUCGAAUACAUCGGUUUGCCCGACAGAUUGGUUCAGACCCCGUUGACAGAUCGCUGUUUCUUGACCCUGACGCAAGCCUUAGAGCAAGGUCUUGGAGGCUCUCCCUUUGGCCCUGCCGGUACAGGAAAGACAGAGUCUGUCAAGUCGCUAGGCGUUCAGCUUGGUAGAUUUGUGCUCGUCUUCUGCUGCGAUGACACAUUCGAUUAUCAAGCGAUGGGCCGCAUCUUCCUCGGAUUGUGCCAGGUCGGUGCGUGGGGUUGCUUUGACGAAUUCAAUCGACUUGAAGAACGCAUUUUGUCUGCUGUGUCCCAACAGAUUCAAACUAUCCAGACCGGCCUGCAUGAGAGCACAAGCACUACGGCGCCCAUUGUUUCAUUACUGGGACGCAGUGUCAGCUUGAACCCAUCCACAGGCAUAUUUAUCACCAUGAAUCCUGGCUAUGCCGGUCGUUCAAAUCUGCCAGACAAUCUCAAAAAGCUCUUCAGAAGUGUCGCCAUGACGCAUCCAGACCGCAAGUUGAUCGCCCAAGUCACCUUCUUCGCUCAAGGCUUUUCAAGUGCUGUGGACUUGGCUGGUAGGAUCGUACCCUUCUUUGUUGCUUGCGCUGAGCGAAUGUCUGAGCAACCCCAUUACGAUUUUGGGUUGCGUGCUCUCAAGAGUGUCCUUACUACUUGUGGUCAAAUCAAACGUCAAAAGGUGCUCAACUCUGAUGCCGCAACAGUAAGUAUAGACGCCAAUUGGGAGGCAGAACUUGUUCUGCAGAGCUUGAAAGCGACAAUCAAUCCAAAGAUGGUCGGUUCUGAUGCCCAAUUGCUAAACACAAUUUCUGAGGAAGUCUUCCCUGGCACGCAAGUCAUAAGUGAAGACUUUACCGCGCUACGCCAGGCGAUCGACGAGAGCGCAAAAACAUUGCAUCUGGUGACGACUAGCGCAUGGGAAGACAAAAUUGUACAGAUACAUCAGAUCCAAACCAUUCACCACGGAUUUAUGUUAGUUGGUCCUGCGGCGACUAGCAAAACGAAGUCGUUGGAAGUGUUGAAGCAUGCACUGGAAAAAACUGACGGCAUUGAGACCAUCAUUUACAAGAUUGAUGCCAAGGUCAUGUCAAAAGAAGAGCUCUACGGCCGGCUUGAUAUCACCACCCGGGAAUGGUCAGACGGACUCUUCACGAGCAUUCUUCGCAAGAUUGUUGACAAUUUGCGUGGAGAGGAUUCACGCCGUUACUGGAUUGUCUUUGACGGAGACAUUGACCCUAUUUGGGUGGAGAACAUGAAUAGUAUGCUGGAUGACAACAAGAUCUUGACCUUGCCGACGGGCGAACGCUUGUCCUUGCCAAAUAAUGUUCGCAUCGUGUUCGAAGUCGAUACACUCAAGCAUGCGACUCCAGCAACCGUUUCCAGAUGUGGCAUGGUGUAUUUCGACUCCAAUCACGUCACGGUUAGUAUGCAAUGGCAAGGUUUCACAAUGUCGUUGCAAAGAUCGCACGAAACGCUUCUAGAUGAGGAACGCAGUGCUAAGCAACGUGCACGACAGAUCGUUGCCGAUCAGUUGAGCGAUCCUGCAAUGCUGCCUCGUGUCGAGUCAUUCUUGGAGUACGCACUGGAGGUACCACACAUCAUGGAGUUCACCCAAGCGCGAGCUCUACAGAAUUUGUUUGGUCUCCUGCACUCCGUAAUCGACGAUCUCGCAAAUUGGGAUGUGGCACACGCCGACUUUCCCCUUACUGCCGAGCAAGGGUCUGCAUAUACUGAGAAGCAGUGCAUUCUCGCCUUCCUCUGGAGUUUCGGUGGCGACUGCGCAUUACAGAGUAGGCAGUUGCUUGCACAAAAGCUUAUCAGUCUCUUUCCCCAUGUCUUGCUUCCAAACUCGUGCAACAUGGUUGAUCUCAAAGUCACCAUGCCAGAUGGAACGUGGGCUCCUUGGUCGCAAGAAGUCAGGCAAACUGAGGUUGAGCCGACAGCUGUUGCGCAGCCUGACCUGGUCAUCCCGACCACCGACACGGUACGCAAUGAAGACAGGCUCUACAGUUGGCUCUCUCAACGCCAGCCCGUCAUCCUGUGUGGUCCACCAGGCUCAGGAAAGACCAUGUCCCUGACCAAAGCGCUUAAUAAGCUACCCCACUGCGAGCAGAUAGGCCUCAAUUUCUCAAGCGCAUCGGCCCCAGAUCUUCUUCAGCGGACACUUGAACAGUAUUGCAAAUACACUAAGUCUACGAAGGGUGUCGUUAUGCAGCCGAGAAAUGAAGGUCAAUGGCUCGUCAUGUUUUGCGACGAAAUCAACCUUCCUGCACAAGACACAUACGGCUCGCAACGCAUCAUUGGUUUUCUGCGCCAGCUUGUUGAGCAGAAUGGAUUCUGGCGACAGCAAGACCAAGCUUGGGUGUCGCUGGAGCGCAUUCAGUUUGUGGGUGCUUGCAAUCCUCCGACGGACGUUGGUCGCACCCCUUUCAGUCAGCGAUUCCUCCGACACGCUCCUGUGUUGAUGGUCGACUAUCCAGAAAGCGAAUCUCUGACACAGAUUUAUGGCACCUUUGUCCGAGCGGUUCUGAAAUUCGUUCCUGCACUCAAAGGGUAUGCUGAUGCGCUGACUGCCGCUAUGAUUGAUGUUUUUGACAACUCAAGGACUCAGUUCACUGCACAGAAGCAAGCGCACUAUAUCUACAGUCCCAGAGAGCUUUCUCGCUGGAUCCGUGGCAUCGCUGAGACUCUGAAGUCAGCCGAGCAGAUGGAAUUAUCUGGUUUGGUGCGCAUCUGGGCUCACGAGGCACUGCGACUAUUUUCAGAUCGUCUGGUCAAUCAGCAAGAUCGAGAUUGGACCACGCGGAUGGUAAUGCAGGUUGCUCAGCAACAUUUCCCCAACAUCGAUGAAACAAAUGCUCUUGAGCAACCUAUGCUGUACUCAAAUUGGCUGUCAAAAGACUAUCGACCGGUCGGCGCCGACGAGAUGCGAUUCUAUAUAAAAGCCAGACUCAAGACUUUUUGUGAAGAAGAAGUCGAUACAUCCCUAGUACUGUACGACGACGCUAUCGAUCAUGUCCUUCGCAUCGAUCGCGUUUUCCGGCAACCUCAAGGCCAUCUCAUCCUCAUCGGUCUCAGCGGAUCAGGCAAGACUACGCUCGCGCGAUUCGUCGCAUGGAUGAACGGCAUGAAGACGUUCCAAAUCAAGGUUCAUGGCAAGUAUACAGCAGAGGACUUCGAUGAUGAUCUUCGGCAUGUGCUUCGACGGUGUGGCACAGGAGGCGAGAAGAUUUGUUUCAUCCUCAACGAGUCCAAUAUGCUCGAGUCUGGCUUCUUGGAGCGCAUGAACACCUUGCUAGCCAAUGCCAACGUGCCUGGUCUUUUCGAAAACGACGAAUACGCCACGCUGAUGACCUCUUGCAAACAAGCAUCUCAGCGCGAAGGACUGUUGCUAGAUUCGCAAGAAGAACUUUACAAUUGGUUUACCCAGCAAGUCUCUCGCAACUUGCAUGUUGUGUUUACAAUGAACCCUCCAGACAAUCUAUCUGCAGCCGCAGCAACCUCUCCUGCGCUUUUCAACCGUUGCGUCUUGAAUUGGUUCGGAGGAUGGUCUCCUGCAACACUGUUUCAGGUGGCUUACAAUUUGUCAGGUAGUCUAGACCUCGACCAACCGAACUACACACUUCCUUCGACUGCACAGGCUAUUUCCAAUAUUGCGCUGCCGCAAGACUCGCGCCGACAUGCCGUUGUCAAUGCGUUAGGGGCUUUCCAUCUUCACGUCACUGAAGUGAAUGCCGAUGCAUCUGCCAAGGCAUCCAUUACGCCACGACACUUCCUUGAUUUGGUCCAUCAGCUCAUUGCACUCCAUGAUGAAGAACGACAGGCAUUAGAGGAUUCACAGCGCCAUCUUAACCUCGGUCUUCAAAAGCUUCAGAGCACAGUCACUCAAGUAGCGCAGCUCAAACGCUCCCUGGCGUCCAAGCAGAGCGAGUUGACGGAGAAGAAUGCACUUGCCAAUGAAAAGCUUCAGCGUAUGGUGGCAGAUCAGCAAGAAGCUGAGCAGAAGAAGAUUGCUUCAUUGGAGAUCCAAGAGUCACUUGCGAUACAGGACAAAGAAAUUAAUGAGAGGCGACAAGUGGUUCUGGGUGACCUCGCCCUUGCAGAGCCUGCAGUCAUCGAGGCCCAGAAAUCUGUCAGCAACAUCAAGAAGCAGCAAUUGACUGAGGUACGGUCUAUGAACAAUCCCCCUGAAGCUGUCAAGUUAGCCAUGGAGGCGGUCUGUACCUUGCUUGGCCAUCAUGUGGACACUUGGAAAGCCGUUCAAGGCGUCAUUCGCCGCGACGAUUUCAUCUCGAGCAUUGUGCGUUAUGACAAUGAGACACAGAUGACCCCUCAAUUGCGCCGCACGAUGCGCCUCGAUUACAUGGACCAGGCCGCGUUUCAAUACGAGAAUGUCAACAGAGCGAGCAAAGCCUGUGGUCCGCUGGUUCAGUGGGUGACAGCGCAAGUGAGCUACUCGGAAAUCUUGGACCAAGUCGGCCCUUUGAGGGACGAAGUUGCGACAUUGGAGAAGGAUGCCAUCUUGACUCGCAAAAAGGUGGCUAUGAUGAUGCAGAUGAUCCGAGAGCUUGAAGAAAGUAUCGCACAGUACAAGGAAGAGUAUGCUGCUCUCAUCAGCGAAGUACAAGCCAUCAAGACGCAGAUGGCGCAGGUCGAACAUAAGGUGCAGCGCAGUGUCACCUUGCUCGACAGUCUAGCUUCUGAGCAAGCACGAUGGUCGGCCAGCAGCGCAAAAUUCCAGCAAAAUCUGCAGACGCUCCUCGGCAAUGCGAUGCUCUCUGCCGCUAUGCUUGCCUAUGCUGGUUUCUACGAUCACACGAGAAGACAGGAGCUGAUGAAUGGAUGGCAGACUAUCUUGGAGCAGCACGGUAUUGCCUACCAGCAAGACAAGUGCGUAUCUGAUAUGCUGGUGACACCUGAAGAGCGACUCGCUUGGGAAGCGGAUGGGCUCCCGCCAGAUUCACUCUGUGUUGAAAAUGCUCUCAUCAUCAAGCGCGCGCAACGCUACCCGCUGAUCAUUGAUCCGUCGAGCCAAGCCUUGGCAUAUCUGGUCAAUUCUCACAAGUCGAGAAAAUUGGUUGUCACUAGUUUUAUGGAUGACUCGUUCAUCAAACAGCUCGAGACUUGUAUACGCUUUGGCAGUGCAAUCUUGAUCCGAGAUGCAGAGAAGAUGGAUCCAAUCAUCAAUAAGCUACUGAACAAGGAGUAUCAGCGAACGGGUGGUCGAACUUUGGUCGAGCUUGGCAAGCAAGAUGUUGACAUUUCGCCAUCCUUCAAGCUAUACCUGUCUACGCGCGAUCCAAGCGCUUCCUUUGCACCAGACAUCAGUAGCAAGGUGACCUUGGUGAACUUUACCAUUACAAAGGCUUCACUAAAGAGUCAAUCACUCGACAAGAUUUUGCUCCGUGAGAAGCCAGAUGUUGAAGCACGACGAUUGGAGAUGGUCAAAUCACAAGGCGAAUACCAGGCUUUACUGCGUCGCCUCGAGCAAGAUCUUCUUCGUGCACUAAACGAAUCAAGGGGAAACAUCCUGGAUGAUGAGGUUAUCAUUGACACAUUGGAGAGGCUCAAGCGUGAAGCAGGGGACAUUGCCCAAAAGAUUGCCGAAGCGGAUGGAGUUAUGGAAGAGCUGGCUACUGUGGCCAAUGAGUAUGCUCCAGCUGCUGAGACUUGCUGUCUCAUCUUUGCUGUGCUGGAGCAGUUUGCUGCAUUGAAUCACUUCUAUCAGUUUUCGCUGCAGUAUUUCGAGGACAUGCUCCGAACUGUCUUGGCAGAACUGGGGCCGACUGGUCAGCCACCUGCUGAACGGACCAAGGAAAUUCAGAAGGCACUCUACAAGCUUGCCUAUCAGCGCGUCCGCCAGUCGCUGUUGCAUAAGGACCACCUGUGCUUGGCAUUGACUUUCGCUUUGGUUUCUCGAGAGCAUGAUAGUCUCGCAGUCAGUGAUUUGUUAUCGAUCGAUGAAGGCACUGGCAAGCUCCUAAGAACAGCAGAAGAAGCAACCCGUGUGCUACAGCAGUCAGUGUCGUCAAAACACCUCUCACGACUGGCUCAAGAAAUCAUGGAACGCGAGCAGAUUGGUGAUUUGUUGACAUCUUCCGAUGCAGAUGGCAGAAUGUCGACCUACGCUCAAGAGGGUGAGGAGCUUCCACUGCUAGUCCUCAUCAAACGCCUCAGACCUGACCUUUGGUUGGUCGCUGCAAACAAAAUGGCUUUGUCUAGCCUUGGUGAAGAUUCUGGCUCUAUUACAAUUAGCCUCAACACGACAGUCCAGCAGGUAAGCGCCACAACGCCCAUUAUGCUUACUUCAGUGGCUGGCUAUGAUGCUUCAUUCAAGGUCGAGCAGCUGAUUCAGCAAGAAAGCGUGCCUUGCGCUUCCAUUGCAAUGGGUUCACCGGAAAGUAUCACGCUUGCGGAACGUGCCCUCACGAGUGCUUCUGCAUCAGGCUCCUGGGUGUUGCUCAAAAAUGUUCAUCUUGCUGCAGAAUGGCUUUCGCAGUUGGAAAAGCGCGUGCAUGCCUUGACGGCUCAUAAGCGCUUUCGAUUGUUUUUGACAACAGAGGCGAGUCCGCAUGUACCAACGAGUCUUAUUCGCAAUGCGCGUGUCGUCAUGUCUGAACCACCUCCGGGACUUCGAGCCAGUAUGCUUGCAUCGUUGAAGAGUGUUGCCAGGAACAAUCGAGCAAUGCAGCCUCCGACAGAACGUGUACGCUUGUACGUAUUGCUGGCUUGGUUACAUGGCAUCAUUCAGGAACGUCUCAAAUUUGGGAGUUUGGGAUGGUCGAAGGGCUAUGAGUUCAAUGAUGCGGACUUUGAGGCUGGUGUGCAUGUGAUCGAUGCUUGGUUGCAGCGUGUUGCUGCUGGGCGUGGUAAUAUCGCGCCUGACAAGAUUCCAUGGCUGGCGCUGCAGCGCAUUCUAUCAGAGUCUGUAUAUGGCGGAAGGAUUGAUGAGUUGACUGAUCAAGAGCAGCUCACCAAGAUGGUGCAGCACUUUUUCUCAGCGCGGGCGUUUGACCUUGACUUUUCGCUGGUGGAGGGCGAUUCCGUGCAGUUGCCAGAGACUAGUCAGCUCGAUGAAUUCCUGAGGUGGAUCAGUAUUCGCUUGCCAGAGAAGGAACCGCCAACGUGGCUUGGUCUACAAAGCGAUGCAGAGUGCUAUAUGCUAGCAGAAGCGGGUGUUCUUGUGCUCAAGCAGGUGUCGCAGGUGAUGGAUGGGCUGGUGUAGACGAUUGAGCUCGUUCCUGAGUAGAGAAGUUGUGUCCAUCUGAAUGCCGAGAUUUUGACGUCACCAUCUCCAGGCUCAGUU